AUGCCGCCCAAAAAGGCCCCCGCUGCAGAGAAAAAGACGCUGCUCGGCAGACCAAGCAACAAUCUCAAAAUCGGCAUUGUCGGCCUGCCCAAUGUCGGCAAAUCUUCCUUCUUCAAUGCCUUGUCGAAAACAGAUCUCGGCAAAGCUGCAAACUUUCCCUAUGCAACCAUAAACCCAGAGGAAGCCCGCAUACCAGUCCCAGACCCCCGCUUCGACUGGCUCUGCGAAGUCUACAAACCCUCCAACCGCAUCCCCGCCUUCCUCACCUGCAUAGACAUUGCCGGUCUCACAGCCGGCGCAUCAACAGGCGCAGGCCUUGGCAACGCCUUCCUCUCCCACGUCCGCGCAGUAGACGGCAUCUUCCAGGUCGUCCGCGCCUUUGACGACGCAGAGGUCACCCACGUCGAGGGCGACGUCGACCCCCUCCGCGACAUGGAGAUCAUCCAAACAGAACUCCGCCUCAAAGACAUCGAGUGGACCGAAAAGGCCCUCGACGCCCUCAAAAAGACAACCCGCGGCCUCGGCAGCACCAGCCUCGCAGACCGCGCAAAGAAAGAAGAACUCGCAACCGUCGAGCGCGUCCUCAAGACCCUCACCACAGACGCAAAGGACGUCCGCAAGGCAGACUGGAACAACAAGGAGAUCGACGUCAUCAACGGCCUCCAGCUCCUCACAGCAAAGCCCGUCACAUACCUCGUCAACCUCAGCGAGAAGGACUAUGUCCGCAAAAAGAACAAGUGGCUCCCCAAGAUCAAGGCAUGGAUCGACGCCAACAACCCCGGAGACCCCCUCAUCCCCUUUUCCGUCGCCCUCGAGGAGCGCCUCGCCCCCCUGUCCGACGAGGAGCGCGAAGAAGAACAGAAGAACGCCGGCGCUGUCAGCGCCCUCCCCAAGAUCACCCAGGCCGGCUACGCCAGUCUCGACCUCAUCCGCUACUUUACCUGCGGCCCCGUCGAGGUGCGCGCGUGGACGAUCCGGCGCGGGACCAAGGCGCCGCAGGCCGCGGGCGUCAUCCACUCCGACUUUGAGAACAAGUUUGUCUGCGGCGAGAUCAUGGCGUACGAGGACCUGCGCGAGCACGGCAGCGAGGCCGCCGUCAAGGCUGCCGGCAAGCUGCGCCAGCAGGGCAAGCCGUAUGAAAUGGUCGACGGCGACGUUGCGUACUGGAAAGCGGGCGCAUAA